CUGUAUCUCUGGCGGGAGGUAUAAUAACAAGGUCGACUAAGGCGUGAAUGAUGAAGUUCAGCGUCACGUGUUCUUUGAGUGAUACCUUACGCUUAGGGGUACUAUCAGAAACUGCAAAUAAAACAAGUCUUAAUACCCCAGGAUGUUUAUUGUAUACAAGAUAUGGUUCGUAGUUUCUACUGAUAAUGAACCCUACCACAUUUAGGGAGUGUACCUUUUCUUUCACCUGAUAUAUACGAAGGAAUCAGCCUAAUACCAGGAUUUUCCUUCGCCUCCAUGAGCUACAUAGCAGAACGUAAAUCAACCCUGUUGAAAUAUGGCCGUGGUCUUGUUGAGUUCGGUGCGUUGGGGAAACGUAAAGCUAUUUUGUUCCAGUCUGAUCCAACCAAUUCGUCUUCUGUAGCAGCUGCCGCCAAGUCUUCUGUUCCUGUGUGGGCAACAGGGGGUCGUCUACAGUUGUCCAUUGCCGAAUACGCUAAAUGUGUCUUAAUGGCCUCUCCCGUGGCAUAUCAAGCGCCAACAGACAAUGAGACGUUUCUUUUGGAUAAAAAUCCAACACCAAAGCGAUGUAAAAAUUCGGUCGUUAGAACUGCAGGAUAUUUAAGGAGAUUGAUUGAAGAACACUCUUUGGAAGAGGAACUCGCGAAAAAAUCAUUGUUGGUUUCCAUUGCUGGUGGUCAUGAUCUUGAGUUUCGUCUUCGAUCGAUUGCUGAUAUAGAUUUCUCAAUUUGUUCAGGUGUGGUUAUUGAUGGACUUCUCCGAAAUUUACCAGUAUCUGCCGUUGAAGUUAAAGAUGCCGACAAUCAAGAUAAAAGCCUGAUCGACUUUUUGACAACUACACUGCCAAAAAUAUUCGCACAUAUUCCAAGUCAUCUGCCUCGUUUUAUUACACAAAUAUGGCAACCGUAUGAUAUUGCCUUGGCAGCUCGUUCAGGCUGUGAUAUAUUUGAUGGAAGUCUGCCCUAUAGACUUAGUCGUAGUGGAAUUGGUUGGAUUUAUGAAGAUUGGAAUGAUGCCGGUCAAUUGGAUGGUGUGUCUAAACCAAGAUUUCUAGUAUUUCCUUUUGAAGAACCUAUUCAGCUAAGUGAAAGUGAACAAUUCUUACCUAUACAACCUGAAUGCAAGUGUUUUGCUUGUUCGCAUCAUACACGUAUAUACAUAUCUCAUUUACACAUUGCUCAAGAAAUGUUAGCACCAAUGCUGUUAAUGAUUCACAAUUCUCAUCAGUAUUAUCGUUUCUUUGCUGAUCUUCGUCGAUCGAUAUCUUUAAAUAAAAUUGAUGCAUUCAUUAGUCAUGCUGAAAAGUGGAUAUUUCCGCAUCACUUAGUAAUGGUUGAUAAAACGAAUGAAUUCAACAAAAACUCGGGGAAUACGGACAAUGAUGAUGUAUAAAAAUUAAAUUGUAUACUACCAAUUUUUCAUCUUAUGUACAUAGUCUCAUUUUCUCAUUUUGCUCUCUGGGUUCUUUUGUUUGUUUGUAUUUUGAGUGUUAGAACGGUAACUCUGUGCCCAUCAUGCUAUUUUUUUAAUUUUAGCUUUAUAAUGACUGUAUAAUAAUUUUUUUCCUUAAAUUUCGAAUUUUUGACAUCUCAGUCGCUUCAGUUCACUUAUUUGGGAAGUUGCAUCAACCAACACCAGAGGGGUUGAUCAAUCGCUGAUGAAAUCUUAGCACAGGUACAGAAGGCUCGUUUCGCAUAUGCUAGUUUACGCCGUCUCUGGUGUAGAUGUGAUAUCCAGCUGUUGAUUGGCCAAAGGGAGUGUGUACUGCGCAGCAGCACUUCGCUCCGUCAUCCUUUGUGGCUGCGAGUGAGAUAUGGUCAUCGAAAGUGGGAAACAUGAAAAGCCUGGCCAGCUGGCUGUCUUUGAUCAUAGGUGUCUGCGUUCUAUC